UCUCGCCUUUGAAGCCAGGGAAGAGUCCGCGGCAGAAAGCCAGUGGUGCCAGCGAGAAGCUGCGCAUCCGGGGGAAGAAGAGGAGAGCGCGCGGGGCGAAGGGGAAAGGGGGGGAAGAACGGCUGCGGCGCUGUGUGGCUGGCUGCGUGGGAGCGCGCGCGCGCGCGCGCCUUUCUCCGUGCGCUUUCGCCAGCCUUUCACUCUUCGCCUUUCUUCGUCUGGUCGUCGGCGCGGGCGCUGGAAGCCCGCCGGAGCCUUCUCUCUGCCUUCGCCGGGCUCGCCCGCGGGAGAGAAGGGUUUGGACGCCAGGAGAAGCCAGCCUUCUUCUCUCUCUCUUUCCCUCAGGAGACCGCUGGGGCCAGGCGAGAAUGAAGCCCCGUGGAUGCGCCGGGCGGGACCUGCUGCAUCUCCUUCUCCAGGUGGAUUUAUAGAGGGGGCGAAAGAAGCGCCGACGGACGAGGGAUUGGGGGAUCCCUCCCUUUCCUUUCUUCUUUUUUUGGCCUUCGGUCCGUCCUUGGUUGUCGUCUUUGGGCGGGCGCCGGCGACGGGAGGCUCUCGGUGGCGCUCUCUUUCUCGCCCGCCUUCGUCCACUUGGGGAUUGCGGCUCGAUGCCGGCGGCCGUGCGCAGGACCCACUAAGCCGGGAGGGCGAGCUCGUUAGCUGCCCAGGAUCUGCUUCUCUGGUUGUGGCUCCUUCUUGGCCGGGGGGAUUGUGGACGCCGCCUUCCUCCUCCUCUUCCUGGGCGCCGCGGAGUUGGCGAACCUUUUGGGCAGGACCCGCCGGCGGCGCCCCCGACCAUGGUAGAGCGCCGGGGGCAAUCCCCACUAGGGAGGUGCUGCUGGGGGAUCUGGGUGCUUUUGUGCCGGACGGCGCUGGCCAGCUCGCUGGUGCUGGAGCCCAUCUACUGGAACUCCUCCAACUCCAAAUUCCAUCCUGGACAAGGACUGGUACUAUACCCAAAGAUAGGAGACAAACUGGAUAUUAUAUGCCCAAAGGUGGACUCUAAAACUGGUGGCCAGUAUGAGUACUAUAAGGUCUAUAUGGUUGAUAAAGACCAAGCAGAUAGCUGCACUAUUAAAAAGGACAACACACCUCUGCUCAACUGUGCCAAGCCUGAUCAAGAUGUUAAGUUUACCAUCAAGUUUCAAGAAUUCAGCCCUAACCUCUGGGGACUGGAAUUUCAGAGAAACAAAGAUUAUUACAUCAUAUCAACGUCUAAUGGAUCACUGGAAGGCCUGGAUAACCAGGAGGGAGGGGUGUGCCAGACAAAAGCCAUGAAGAUCCUAAUGAAAGUUGGACAAGUUCCCAAUUCUGGUGGGUCCCCAAAUAAUGCUGAUCCAACUAAACGCCCGGAACAGGAAGCUGGUACCAACGGGAAAAGCUCCACAACAAGUCCCUUUGUAAAGGAUCAUGCAGGUCCCAACUCAGAUGGGAGCAAGGCUGGACAUUCCAGUAUCCUCGGUUCAGAGGUGGCCUUAUUUGCAGGCAUAGCUUCAGGGUCCAUCAUAUUCCUCAUCAUCAUCAUAACUCUGGUGGUUCUGUUGUUGAAAUAUCGAAGGAGACACAGGAAGCAUUCACCCCAGCACACAACAACUCUGUCACUUAGUACAUUAGCCACCCCAAAACGCAGUGGGAACAACAAUGGGUCUGAACCCAGUGACAUCAUCAUUCCUCUGAGGACUGCAGAUAGUGUCUUUUGCCCACACUAUGAAAAAGUCAGUGGUGACUAUGGACACCCAGUGUACAUAGUUCAAGAAAUGCCCCCUCAGAGUCCUGCAAACAUUUAUUACAAGGUCUGAUGAACACUCAGCGUGGUACCUUUUUGAAGCUCUCUUUCUGGUCAAAUGCUAUCCACGAUGCGGGGGUGGGGUGGGGGUUGUGAUGAACCCCUGUCCUGGUUAUUGGACCAGGUGCAGUGGAGGGAACAGCAAGUCCCCACCUUGAUACAGAGAGCCACUUUCUGAUGGACAGCUUCUCUAGCCUAGAAUUCCUGCCUCGGUGAACAAGCAUUUACUUGCUGGAAGAAUUUGCAUAGAAAAAACCCACCCAACUGCUGUACGUUCAUCACCUUCUAAGCCAUGUGCUGCAGGCAUUCAGGCACGCAUAAAAAGCCCAGGGAAGAUGGAGCAACUCAUGGAUGCUAAUGGUUUAAGGCAUUCUGGGAAGAAGUCUGAAGUCAUCAAGCCUGAAAUGCAACCCUGUGACUUUGUGUGUACUUAUCUCUUAAGAGCUUAUGGAUUUGUCAUACAGACCUCUGCUUUUAAGUAAGACUUUAAUCGCUUUCUUGCUUUCAGUCAGUCCCUGAUGCAUUUUACUUCAGUUGGGUAGCAUUCUGGCAUUCUUCACACUAGUAUUCUUUCACACUCCACAUCCUGCAUCACUAUUGGAAAACUUUAAAUGUUUUUUGCCAUUCCAUACUCCAUCUGUUUGUGAUAGCAGCCUCACUUGAAUGGAUAAUGCUUUGGGGGAAACUGGGCUUGCUAAUAAGGGAAUCUUCCAGCCAAAAGCUAGCUUGUCAGCAGACUUGAGAAUAUAAGAUAAGUAGUGCAUGGGGAGAAGAAAGGGCCGAUAGAAUGCUCCUGCCUCUGGAAUAUCAACUGGACAAAGCCAGACAAUUUAGGUAGCGCAGCACUUUGAAAUCUGGAGUUCUAAGAAGCAAGUUGGGACACACAGCAACACGAACAGCUGAUUAGGGUCUCUACUUGAAGGAUGCCAAGGUUAUUCUCAAAUAGCAGUGUGUGAGGGGGAAAUCGUUUUCUCCCUCAAACUAGGGCAAGGAGUGUCAGUAAAUAAACGUGCCUGGAAGACAAGACAAUAGAAGGCCACUGGUGAUAUAUUAGGGCAGGACUGCUGUGGUACUUACUGUACCAGCAAUAAGAUGUACAGCUUUGAACUAGCUGUAGCAAAAUCUUAGUCUGCUUCAAAUGACAUUUGCUUUUUUUAAAAGCAGACUCAGCUGCUAUGCUUAUCACAUUUUAACUAAUCACAGGGAAAAAAGCAUCUAAGAAAACAGCAACAUAUGCCAUAGAAAAAUCAUACGCUUAACAGUCAAGAGGGCUAUAAUUCCAUCACUUUUUAAAAAAUUGUUCACAUCUCUAAAACUUAAUCAGGAUUUUAUUUUUCUUCCAAUGAAGCCUUUUGACACUCUGGUUUCUGGCAGCGCAUUUGCAAGGUAGUCCAGUAGUGGACACUGCUAUUAACUCGGGUAUUUUCUUUCAGAGUUAAAGCACAUAUGGUAAACUGCUCACAGUCCAUAAAGAUCCAAUACAUUUAGACACACAAGAGGGAGAUGUAAGGUAUGACUUAUUUAUAGUAGGUGUAUAGAACCCAAGGAAUAUAAAGUAGCAGAUUUUGUUAUGAUUACUAAUAUAUAUAGAGAGAGAGAUUGCACAGACUGUACACCAGAAGAUGUGAAUUUCAUCUGUUGCAAUGAGAUCAAACUUAAAUUGUCAGCAUUAAAGAAAAACAAAAUUGGCAAUGCUUGGGGGGGAAAAUAGCUUCACUCCAAAAAGAACAACACUGAGAAAAUAAUGAAGCCCUCUAAGCUGUCUUGCAUAACUAGUAGACUAGGAGAUACAAGCCCCAAAACAUCAUGAAAUCAGUAUAACUACAUCAUGUAUUAACAACGGGAUAUUCUGAUGUGUGUGUUUUUCCUGUGUCUUUGUUUUUUUAUUCCCCCUUGCCUUACGAGAUGGAGUAUUUCAGCUGGUCACAAAUCAGGAGAGUUUCCGUUUAAAGUUUCUGCUUGAAGCAUGGUUGUUGUCCUCCUUCCAACCUCUACACCCUGCCGGGGGGGGGGAGGUCCUACUUUUUUAUGUGCUAUGCAAAAUAGAUGUCUUUUCACAUAGUCCUGUUACCAUAGCAACACUUCACUUUCUGGACUGGAAAGAACAUGUAACUACAGCAUUUUAAGGUUCUCAAAUCUCCACUGAGCACGUGCAAAAAUGUACUGUCAUAGAAAUGAUUACUCUUUGUAUUUUCUGAUCCUGAAAAUGCUGUUGGUCCAAGAAGGAGAAACGGGGCAGAGGGAGAAGCAUGGUUCUGUGGGAGGUUACCAUAGUAACUAAUCACAAUACAGAUGUAGUUCUUUCCUAAAACCUUCCUUUCUGUGAAUCCAUCCAUGAAAGGUUUUUCUUGUAAAUCAUUAAGAUUUUAGGGGGGGGGUAAUAGAUGGGCCUGUUUUUUGUUUUUAAUCAAGAGUAUGUUUAGUCAGUUGGUUACAUUCUGAUUAUGUACUAAACUUGGAGAGGAGAAAAUAUUGGAUGAAUCAAUGAAGAAGAAGCAACCUGCAAUCAGUUGGGGAGAAGGGAAACAGAAGAAGAGCCCUGUGUAUCAGUGUUGUGUCUUGUGCAGAAUAAUGACAAUCUUACCAACUUCCUUUAGUUGGUGUUUGGUUCAGCUUUGAAAAGUUACUGUAAAUGCCUUGCUUGAAUUACCCCUUCAUCGCCUAACUUUUUGAAAUUUACACCAUCAUGUCUAAGGGUGAAGAUGCUGUAAAUAAGUUCAGAGUUACUGUAUAUGGAUUUGGGGUGUUACAGUAGCCUUAUUCACCUUUUUAAAUAAAUAUAAAAUAAAAAUACACAUGGAAACAAGAGCAAACAUCUUUUCUUAACCAGAUUGUGUAUAUAGAGCAACAUUGGUUUUUUAAUAAAGUCUAAGCGAGAUGUUUUGUAUAAAAAUCUGACUUUUGCUAUGUAUUUAGCUACAGCUUGUUUAAAGGCCAUCAUUUCCCCUUUGCACAGUAUCCAGGAAAAAAAAGAAAAGGUUGCCAAAUUGCUGCAUAUUUGUGCUGUAAUUGUGUACCAUGAAUAUUUAUUUAAGAAUUCCUUUGUCCACUUUGUAAGUAACGCAGUAUUAUGCUUGAGUUAUAAAUAUUUUUUCUCUUUUUUAAAAAAAACUAGACUGUCAUAGAUUUGAAAUCUGCUUUUGUUCAACAUUGCAGUUAGCCCCCUUCAGAAAAUGAAAUCUAUGAAAAUUCACAUUCCACAUAUGUUUCGAAC